AUGUCUUCAGACUUAUUCAGAGUAAUCGGUGGCCCACAAAACUAUGCUUGGGGUAAACUAGGGUCCUCUUCCGCGGUGGCAAGAUUCGCACACGCAAAUGACCCAGAACACGUCAGCAUCGACGAGUCGCUGCCUUACGCCGAACUAUGGAUGGGAACACAUCCAAAGGUUCCCACCACGCUCUACUCCAGCGGCGAAAAAUUGGCCGAUGUGAUUUCUUCCAACCCAGAAAAGUACUUGGGUCCUAAGAUCAUCGCCAAGUUCGGGUCCAAGACAGAACUCCCAUUUCUUUUCAAGGUGCUAUCUAUCGAAAAGGUUUUGUCCAUCCAGGCACACCCUGAUAAGAAAUUGGCUGGCCAGCUUCACAAAUCCGACCCAAAGAACUACCCGGAUGACAACCACAAGCCUGAAAUGGCUGUCGCCCUUACAGACUUUGAAGCGUUCUGCGGUUUCAAGCCUCUCUCCUUGAUCAAGGAGCACUUGGAAAAAAUUCCGGAAUUCAGUAAACUGGUCGGGGCCGACAUCACUCAAGAGUACAUUAGCUCUCCUUCAAAGGCAACAUUGCAAAAGGUCUUCUCCAAGGUGAUGAAUGCAGAGGAAGACGUUGUUGCCAAGUACGCCGGAGAACUUCUUGAAAGAACAAAGUCCCAGCCUGAAGCGUUUGGUGCAACCCUUGCGGAUUUGAUCCAACGUCUUGACGUCCAAUUUCCGGGUGAUGUUGGUCUUUUUUGUGGUUGCUUGAUGCUCAACCACUGCAUCUUGAAGAGCGGUGAAGCAAUGUUCUUGCAAGCCUGCGAGCCUCACGCGUAUAUCUCUGGUGAUAUCAUGGAAUGUAUGGCUGCUUCUGAUAACGUUAUCCGUGCUGGAUUCACCCCUAAGUUCAAGGAUGUUGCAGUUCUUGUCGACAGCUUAACGUAUUCCACGAACAAUGUCGAAGAACAAAAACUCACCCCUGCUCCAUUUGCUCGUGGUUCCGGUGAUGCAACAUUUGCACUUUACGACCCACCUAUCGAUGAGUUUUCUGUUUUGCAAAUUGAAUUUAAGUCCUCAGGUAAGGCUCAAAUGAAAGGCGUCGAUGGUCCUUCCAUUUUGAUUGUUAGCGAAGGUACAGGAAAGCUCUUCAUCAAGGGUGAAGAAAGCUCCUCUACUCUCGAUGCAUUCGAAGGUGGUGUUUACUUCAUCGCACCUGAUGCUGAGGUUGAAAUUGUCAACACUUCAGGUAAACCAUUUACACUAUAUAGAGCUUAUUGUGAAGCUUGA